GUUUCUCUUCUCUUUCUUUUGUCCUUAUACAGUCUAUCUUGAUGAUCUUAUCCAUUCUUCAGAGUUUUAAUACCCUAUUUUCCUGACUUUAACAUUUUAUUAACUUUUAACCCACUAAAAAUAAAUUACUAAGAUGUUAGAAUGUAUUCGUUUACUUUGCUCUUCUUUUUAGUUAUCUUUGCAUGUAAAAACAAGACAAGAAAGAGAAAAUGGAAUGGAAUUUCUGACACUGUGAAGGGUAAAGACGAUAGCACAAUUCAGACAAUGUUUUGGGGAAGGCAUGGUUAUGUCUUAUUCACAAAUGUAUAUCUAGGCAAGAGUCAGUUUCUCCCGUGAUUCCAGGCAUAUACACCCAACAGUCCACUCGUUAUUGCUUAUCACUGCCCCAAAAUUCCAAGAAAUGACGAAAUCAGUCUCAUUUGGCAUACAGCUACUUUUUCAGAAGGAAACAAAGCAGAGAAAAAAAUCUGAGAUAAAUUCAUAGCUAGUAACCACUCUCACUUUUAUUCUAGCUUUUGUAACUGAAAUUGCUGGACUUGAGAGCAAUUUUCCCUUGCUCAACAGAAUUAGGUGAGAUGGGGAGUCAAUAUAUAUUUAAUGAGCAUGUAGAGUGUCAUGGAGCAAAAAAAUAACAACUUAAAAUAUUAAUUUCUAUAGGUAGCACCAGAAUUUGAAUCAUUUCCUGAAAAAUUACUUCUGCUUUUGUUUCCUGCUAGCAGUUUAGAGAUUGGGCUGUUUCUUCACUGAUACCUGUCCCUUCACACUUCUAUAAUUGAGCUCUCUCAACUGCAGGUGAAAGAUCGCUGGAGAUGACUGACAGUGUUAUUUAUUCUAUGAUAGAGUUGCCUACUGCAACCCAAGCCCAAAAUGACUACGGACCACAGCAAAAAUUGUUGUACUAGAAUGGUGACUGGGAAGAAAGGUAUCAAGAACACUGCAGAUAAUAGUCUCUGUGACUGAGGAUUUGAGGACAAAAGAGCCAUUUUUAUGUAGAGCCCCGAGAGAACAUUAUCUGAGACAGACGGCUUCUUCUUCCAGGCCUUCUUGUUCUUGCCUUGUGGCAAUAGCUUUGGGGCUUCUAACUGCAGUUCUUACGAGUGUGCUGCUACACCAGUGGAUCCUGUACCAGGGAUCCAGCUACUCCACUUGUGCCGGCUGUCCUAGCUGUCCAGACCUCUGGAUGAGAUAUGGUAACCAUUGUUACUAUUUCUCAGUGGAGAAAAAGGACUGGAAUUCUAGUCUGCAAUUCUGCCUAGCCAGAGAUUCACAACUCCUUAUCAUAACGAGCACUGAGGAAAUGAGCCGGGUCAAAGGUUUCCUCAGUGAGGCCUUUUGCUGGAUUGGACUGAGGAAUCAUUCUGGCUGGAGGUGGGAAGAUGGAUCACCUCUAAACUUCUCAAGGAUUUCUUUUAAUAGUUUAGUGCAGACAUGUGGCGCCAUCAACAAAAAUAUUCUUCAAGCCUCAAGCUGUGAAGUUCUUUUACAGUGGGUGUGUAAGAAGGUCAGACAUUGAUGGAUGGCCACUCGUCCUGACCCUCGGAUCUGUCAUGUAGCCCUAAAAGGACGGAGCCGGCCACCGGAUCUGGGGCAAGCCAUGAGCAUAUGGUUAGCAAAUACUGGACUUGCUCAGAUGUGGCAUUACAUGCAAGACAACCUCCUAGGGAUUGAUGCCUCACUGAUGGAUUCUCUUGGAGGCUAUUUAGAUAUGUGAACAAUUUAAAGACCAGAUCUAAGCAAACUGUUGAAAUAGAUAAGUUUGUUUUUUGUAUUUCUCAGUAUGCCAACUAAGGCUGCCACCCUCAUCCCCUGCCCAACCAUCUCUGUCAAAAAUACAUCUUUUUCAUAUUAUAUUCUGAGCUCAUCUGAUAAAAUCUAUGCCCAUAUAUACUAUUGCUUAUGUACUAGAGAAGUACAUUAUUACUCCUCUAGUGCAUUACCGAUCCCUGGCGGUAUACUUUUAUCCUAACAGUGAUCCUUGCAGAUCAAACUUUAUUCUAAAGAAUAAACCUAGCUGGGCAUGGUGGUGUGUACCUGUAGUCCUAGUUAUUUGGGAGGCUGAGGUGGGAGAAUUGCUUGAGCCCAGGAGUUUGAGCCUGUAGUGAGCUGCGAUGGUGCCACUGCACUCCAACCUGGGAGACCCAGUAAGGCUCUAUUUCUAAAAAAAAAAAAAAAUGCUAAUGGUGAGAAUAUAAAUUGUGGGAAGUGAGCGAGGGCAAGGUGGUACUCCCUCCUUCUUAGGCCUUCACACUUAAUGCAAAAACCUUGUCUUGGUUGAUUUUUUUUUCUGAGUAUGCAUAGAUGUGGUUGAAUAAACCAACGUAUAAUUGUAUCUUUUCUCUUUUGUGAAUAUGUGACCUGCAUAUUAAUUUCAAGAUAGCAAUGAAUUCGAUAAGGCAUUUUCAUAGAGGAAAGUUUACAGAGACAGUUUAUGUGGUUGGAUCACCAAAUUAUCCUAGGCACUAAUGCCUCAAAAAUAAGAAAAACUUUAUUAUUUUUCCUUAGCAGAGUUUAGACAUACAUAAGGAGAGAGGUGCAGUAAUGAAGGAGAUCAUAAUUCUUUUUGUCUUUAUCGUUCAUAGUUUUUUUUUUUUUUAAACGUGGACUAUAUAUUAUCUACCACUGUAUCCCAAAUACCAAAGAUAGUGCUCACAUUCAGUGACUAUUAAAUAAAUAAAUGGAUGAAU